AUGAAAACUUUGAGGUUCAUCAGUGCCCAGGCCUUGGUAUCAGAUGCCCAGAUUGCUCAGAGAAGCAUUGUUUACGUGGCACAAAACCUAUACCCUCUGCUCUUCAAAGCUAGUUAUUUACUGGAGCAGGCCGCAGUGGUCCAUGACUUAGUAGAAAAAUGGCCAUUGGCAGAAUUCAGCAUUGGAAAGCUCUUAGGGAAGACUGCGGACUGCGAGAAGGAUCUCUGCAAUAGGACCUGUCAUGUUUGUCUGCAGGCAUGUUUAACAGGUCUGAAGGACUAUGUUCUCAACAGUUCAAUGACAUAUUCAAAGAGGCUGAAAGUGGUCGAUCUAACGGGACUCAGUGAUACUGAAUUUCAAGCCUGUGAUUGUGGGAAGGCCCUAGGGAGGUGGGGGAGAACUGAGUUGAUGGCAAGGACCUGUUUUGAUUUGCUAGUGGAGAUACAAGCCCGUCAACUCGAUGAUUUGGUGUCUGAUAUUUCAAUCGAGGUUUUAAUGAGCAUGUUUGUGACACAGCGGAGCUAUGAAGUGGUAGUGCAGGCCUUGCUGUUGAGGAGGCAGUGCCCACUGAAGAUCAGAUGCGUUGAAUUCAGGGCUGACAGCCUGGCGUUGAGGAAAUUAUUUUAUAUCAUCAAGCUGGUUAAGCCCGAGAAUCUGCAUAAGUUGGAGCUGGUCCACAAUAUUCGCAUGGAAAUGGAACAUUUUGAAUUUCUCCUGAGCCAAGUGCCGCUGCCAUUGCUCAGAUCACUGACACUACCAGCAAGAACCUUCGAUGUACGCAGAAUGACGCAAGAGGAUGAACCUGUGUUGGUGACAAUUGGAGAGAGGCUAAGUGGGAUGAAAUUUCUUACAGAACUGAACCUGGCUUUUUCCACUCUAACUGGUCGAAUACGCAAGAUACUCAGCCCUUUAAAAACUCCUCUGUGCUCUCUGAAUGUGUCCAGCUGCUGCCUGAAUCAUGCUGACAUGGCUUAUCUGGCCAACAGCCUGCACGCUGAAUACCUGGAAGUGCUGGACCUGAGUGGGCACAACGUAGCUGACCUCUUCCCGUCGACCUUCUUCAAAUUGCUUGGCCGUGCGUCCCGCACUCUGAGGAGCCUGACUCUUGAGGAAUGCAACAUCAGUGAUGGGCAUGUCAACCUGCUGUCGUUAGCCAUGGAGCCCUGUAAAAAGUUGACAGAGUUCAGCUUCCUGGGAAAUCCACUCACAUCAAGAUCCCUUUAUCGUCUCUUUGAAAUGUUUACUGAGCUGCCCGUGCUUUGUAAAGUUGAGUUUCCAGUUCCGAAGGACUGCUAUCCACCGACUUUUAUCUAUCCACUCACUGAUGAGAAUCUGGUGAAAUAUGAUAGGGAAAUGUUUGAAGAGAUAAACCAAGAAAUAAUAAUGAUAUUGUCACGGGCCAAUCGAAAUGAUAUUGUUGUGUCCACUCCACUAUUUGGCAGUUUUGAUGCCAGCAUUCAAGAGACUAGCAAUGAGCUUAGUGUUGUAUUGCUUCAGUCAUUCACAGAUGCUAUUUCCAACCUUUUAACUGCUUUGAAAAAUGUGGAUUAA